AUGAAGCAAAUAGAAUCAGCAGCAUUGUAUAGCCCGGAAGUUCUGGCGCUCAACCACAAAAUCAAAACUUUGCAGACCGAAAAGAAAAUCCUUGAGGCGUCAAAAGAUGAAGAAAUAAACCGUCUUUCAAAAAAAUUCAUGAAGCUCACCCAAGAGUAUCAGCUCUCAUCAUCAUUGCAGACAUUUGUGAAUAGCGAGAACGAGAAAUUAAAGGGGGCGAAUGAUGAAUUGACAAAGAAACUCCGGUCGAAGUCGCGUGCCGACGAAUCACAGAUUGAAAAGUUGAAUUGGUUGGUACAUCAAUUGCAAGAGAGCGUAUCCGAAAAAAAUUUCGAGUUGGACAGUGCAAAUAAUACCCAAUCGAUGCUUCUUACGAAAUUGGAAGUUCUUGAAAAGGAUAAAGUUGAAAUCAGAGGACAAUUACAGAAUGAAUUGCAAGAGCUAAGGAAGAAGAAUCUUGAAUUGAUGCAAAGAAAUAAUGUGUUGGAAACCGAAAUAAUUGAUCAUCGUCAUAUCAAGGAGGGGCAACCACAACAGCUGGUAAAUAGUACAGUAUUGAACCGUGAUGAUUUUGACACCCUUAAUAAAAGUUUGAUUCAGCAAAUAAAUGAAAAUACCCAAUUGAGAUCUAAAAUUGCGGUUAAGGAUCUUGAGUUGCAAGAUGCCAAAGUUGACACCACCUUAAUAAAAUUACUUGAGGAAGAAAAACGUUCGCUACAAAAUACCAUCGAGCAUUACCAGCUUAAUAUUGCUCGACAAACAUCACGAAUGGAAGAAUUAUUGGAAGAAAAUUUGCGAUAUAAAAGAGAAAGAGCCUCAUUUUUCUCGCUACUCCAAGAUUCUCACAAGGAUCAAAAUCUUGAAGACUUUGUGAAAAAUUACAAUUCCUUUGCCACCACUAAUAAUGACUUGUCUUCAAACAUCGAAUUCUUGAAAACUCAAUUGGAAGAUUUCAAAAACUUCAACGAAACCCAAUCGAAAUUGAUCCAUGACUUAAAUAUGAAAUCAGAUAAAGUUACUCAAAAUAAUAACGAAUUGAAAUCGAAUAAUUCUGACUUGAUAAAUAAAAAUUUAUUACUCUCAAAUGAGAUUCUGUUGUUGAAUAGCAAGAUUUCCAGAUUGGCCGAGUAUAAUACAACUAUGAAAACAUUUGAAUCUCAACGUGAGACAUCUGCCGAACCUCUACUGAUGGAAGAACUUCAGUCAGAGCUUAAUAAGAAAACUAAAGAUAUAGAGGCUCUCGAAAAAACAUUGAAUAACUACAUUAACCAAAUCCAAAAGACCAAUGAGGAAUCCAACAAGAGAAAGAAACUCAAUGAUACCACGCCACUGGUGAUUUCUACUGUCGAAUCCAAUAAUCCCUUGUUGAACAAAUAUCAUGAUGAAAUAUUGAAAAAUAAAAAGGAAAUCAUUCAUUAUCAAGAGCAACUUCAUUUGUUUCAAUCAAAAUCUUCUCAUUUUGAAAAACGUACCAAACUCUUGGAAGCGGAACUCCUUAAAGAAAAGAAUUUCGACAAUGAUAAACAACAAACAAAAGAGAGAAUUCUUUCUUUAUACAAUGAUCUCAAUCCAAUGCUCAAGUACCAAAAAAUCAAACUGGAAACUUUGAAAUCAUUGAAAGCGGAAAAUGAUGGUUUGCUCACCCGUCUUGAUGACUUGUGCAAUGAAAAGCAAAGAAGUAAUGACGUGCCAUUGAUUCCAAGGGCGGUGCUUAAUAGAUAUAUGGUUGAAGUGAAGCACAAUGAGAAAGAGAUCGAGAAACUAAAUAAGAAACUAGAUCGCCUUAAAAAAGUUUACGGUAAUAAAUCCAAGGAGCUCCUUAGCAGUAUAUCGUUGUUAUUUGGCUAUGAUAUUGUGUUGCUUGCCGACACCAAGAAGAUUAAGGUCAUACCAAAAUAUAGAGAUUCGGAAGAUGCUGAGCAGCAGAAGGAUUACUUGGUUGUUGAUUUACAGAAUAGGUCAUUGCAAAUUUCCAGCAAUUCAAAAGACAUUUUCUACGAGAAGUGUGAAACCCUAAUAGAUUUGUGGGUUAGACAGAGAAAUGAGAUUCCGUGUCUUUUAUCUGCGUUGAAGUUGGAGCUUUUUGAGUUGCCAGAUAAUUCUUAG